CAGCAGUAUAAAAUGGGUCUAGUGUAGGAGAGGGAGCACUCUCAUCUGUCCCAUACAACAAAUCCCUCUUUCUCCAGCACUUGCCCAGCCCCCUUUACUCUCAUCAUGGCCCUGUGGAUCCAGUGUCUCCCCCUGACAAUCCUCCUCAUUCUCUUUACUCCCAACACCGAAGCUCUAGCCAACCAGCAUCUGUGCGGCUCUCACCUGGUGGAAGCCCUGUAUCUGGUGUGCGGGGAGAAAGGAUUCUUCUACUAUCCCAAAAUCAGACGGGACAUUGCUCAACCCCUUGUGAAUGGACCCCAGGACAGCGAGUUGGAAAAUAUGCAGCUGCAGCCCGAAGAAUAUCUGAGAAUGAAGAGAGGAAUAGUUGAACAAUGUUGUCACAACACAUGCUCACUCUACCAACUGGAGAAUUACUGCAACUAAAGACCGCAAGAGAGAAGAGACAGAACACUUUCAUAGCCAAACACCUUCACCACAGACCAGUCAUGUGAAACAGCAGCAAAUAUGUUAAUUGCAAGCACAUUGUUUAUACACACUUGCAUAUAUAUGUAGGCGUGCACAAGUGUGUGUAUUAUAUAUACAUAUAUACAGGUAUAUAUGCCUGUGGGUGUUUAUAUUCUAUACCUAUAUAUGUAUGUAUGCAUGUGUGAGUGUGUAUAUUAUAUAUAUAUAUGCAUCUGUGUGUGUAUAUUAUAUACAUAUAUGUGUUUGCAUGUGUGUGUAUAUUCUAUACCUAUAUAUAUAUAUACUUGUGUGUGUUUAUUCUAUACAUAUAUGUGUAUGCAUGUGUGUAUAUUCUAUAUAUAUGUAUGUAUGCAUGUGUGUGUAUAUGCUAUACAUAUAUAUGUAUGCAUGUGUGAGUGUGUAUAUUAUAUACAUAUGUGUAUUAAUGUGUGUGUAUAUUUUAUACAUAUAUAUGUAUGCAUGUGUGACUGUGUAUAUUUUAUAUGUAUAUAUGCACAUGUGUGUUAGUGUGUAUAUUAUAUACAUAUAUAUGUAUGCAUGUGUGUGUAUAUAAUAUUAUAUACAUAUAUGUGUAUGAAGGUGUGUGUUUAUUCUGUACAUAGAUAUGUAUGUAUGCAUGUGUGUAUCAGUGUGCAUAAUAAAUACAUAUAUAUGCAUGUGUGUGUGCAUUCUACACACAUAUAUAUAUAUACGUAUGUAUGCAUAUGUAUAUCAGUGUAUAUUAUAUACAUAUACGUGACACAUGGCUGCACAUUUUCACUAGGCCACUAAUCCAGCAAUAGCUAAAAACUGCAUUGUAUGUAAUUAAGCGUUUGACCAUCUUUCAUAUUUGGGUAUAGUUCCAGCCCUGUGUGUGUGUGUAUAUAUAUAUAUAUAUAUAUAUAUAUAUAUAUAUAUAUAUAUAUAUUUAUAUUUAUAUAUAUGUUGUAUCCCAUGAAAAUGUUAUAUAAUUUGAGCCUCUGCAAUUCUGCAUAUAACUCGCACAGCCCUGACAGCAGCAGUACAAGUUAUUACAUUUUUUAUCAUUUUCAUGGACUAACAUAAUGUGUGUGCUACUAAUUUCCUCUCCAUGAUGCAGCAGUUAAUCUGCACCCUUUACGGUUUGCGUAAAAAGCAUCCCACAGUUUAGAUUUGUAGUAUAAAUGUAUAGUUUUGCAGUUAGACAUGUUUUUAAUGUUAAAGCUGAUUGAAGUAAAGUUUGGUUUGAGGACAAGGAAUUAUACACUAGGCUGUUAUCUUGCGAGAGGGUUCAUAUAAGGUAUUAACUGAAUACAUGAAGAACAAUAAAGAAAGGAUAGAGGCACAGUGACAGUACGGAGAAAAGAGGAGAAUUUAGUUAACCCAACGCCCUUCUGAUGUUGAAUGGGGUUUGAUAUAUUUAGGGGCGUAUUUUCCCUAAUGGUAAUCAGAGCUUUCUUUCAGAAUGUUAGUGUUCUGUAUCUACCAUCACUCUCUUCUUAUUAAAAUGCAAAUAAAAGUAUUCUAAAGAGGUAA